AUGCGAGAAGGAAAGAGUUCGAAGAGCCGCGAAGGCUCCUACGACGACAGGUCUCCGGGGCGCCUGCGACCCCGAAAAAUGUUCAUUGGAAACCUUCCCGUGGAUAUCACCGAUGCCGAGCUACGCCCGCUGCUCGCGGCCGCGGGCACAGUCCGGUCGCUGAACAUCCGAAGCGCGAGAGCCAGCGGCGCGCGACCGAAGAGUCUCUUUGCCCACGUCGAGUUCGAGCGUGAAGAAGAUUGCCACGCUCUCUUCAGAGUUCUGGACGCGCGAGUGUUCAAGGGGCGCACCCUGCGCGUAGAGUGGUGCGACGACAAAGGCCGCCAGAGGAACGCCAGCGCGUCUGCCAAGCGGGGCCGUGGCGCUGCGUUCCCUUCGUCCUCCCUGGAGAGAGACGCGUCAUCAGACCUCCCCGACAACGCCGCCGACGGCCGCCGUCCCUCGUCUAUGGGGCGGGGGGACUCUGUGGGCCCCUCCUACGAACGCCGGUUUGGAGCUCAGAGCCGCGGACGGUCGUUUGGGCGAGGCGGAGACGAGGAGGAGAGAGGCGGCCGCGGGAGAAGACCCGCGGGAGGCAGGCCCACGGGGGGGGAAGAGCCUGUGGCUCCGGCAGACGCGGCGGGACUCUUUCCUCCAGGCAGUGGGCUGAAACUGUUUGCCGCCGACGGCACUGUCACGCCCGCGGCUCUGGAGAUCGCCGCGAAGCUCACGCGCGAGGACCUUUUUGCGAUCUUGGACGACAUUCAGAGUCUAAGUGCGCAGAUGCCUGCGACGGCACGGAAGGUCCUCAGCGAGAAUCCGCUGCUGUGUCACGCACUCCUUCACGCCCAGCUCGCCACGCACAGCACCCUGGGCGAGGACCUCGACCUUGAAGCCUUGCCGCCGGCGCAGCAGGUGCAGGCCCGGAAGAUUUUGGUCGAGAGACUCUCUCUUGAACUGCGGCUGUGUCGCGCGCGGCCGCCGUCGUCCCUGGCUCUUCCCCCGUCUCUCCUUCUCGACUCGCCUGCCGGCGCUUCCCCACCUGCCGCUGUCCCUUCGGCUUCGGCCUCUGCUGCUCGGGAAUCGACUUCCGGCCCGCCGGGCUCGGAUGUCCCGCGACGUCCUUUCCCUGCGCAGACCACCUGUCCCCCACAGGCCCCGACACCGACUCCGACUGGGCCCAUGCCCAGAGGGGCGACGGCGGGGGCCGCUGCGGCGUCUGUAGCGGCCAAGGCGUCUGCGUCCUUGCCGCGCCAGGGGCCUGUCGGAGGGCCCACGCCUUCACGAUCUGCUGUUUCGUGUCCGCCGGUUGCGCAGGCUGGAGGGGCGAACGGAAGGGCAGGGAUUGCUCCCACGCAGAGCCCCCUGCUCCUCCAGCCGGGCGUCGAAUGCGACGUGGGUUCUGACGGCAAGGGCGGCCUUCCAUGCGCGGGAGUUGGACUGGAAGAGAGACAGCCCGCGGUCUCGGCUGCUGCCCCUGCGGAUGACGUGGGACCACCUGCCGGGGUUUGUCCAAGCCUGCCGGCCGCGGGUCCGACUCCCGCGUCGGUCCCCCCCGCGUCUGCGCCCCCGCUUCUUCCUACUCCGCAGUUUCCUCCGUCUGGAGUUUCUCUCACUCCAGAGGCAGGGAAGCAUGCGACCGUGGAUGCCUCAGUCGGUUCUCAGUGUCCCUCCAGCUCCGCUGCGUCGCCCGCGCCGGGCGCCGCCCCCCCCUCGCCGAGCGCGAGCUCCCAGGUGUACGGGGCGAGGGCGGACGUCACGUCGAAGAAUCUCCUCCCGUCGGUGCCUGUCAAUUUCGAAGACUGCAGCAAGCCCCUGCUGGCGACCCCUCCGUCCUUCCCCCAUCGGCGAGCCGCUGGGCCCCUGGGAGGGCCCCGCGCGACGGCCGUGUCGCUCACGGUGCCGGGACUGGCUGCACCCGCUCCCGUUCUUGUCGCGGCUCUGACGGGGCUCGCAGACGAGGCAGCGGUGCUAAGGCAAGCCGCCUCGACCGUCCCCGGGCGCCUCCCCGCUGCGUCUCAGUUUUCGCCAAUCACGCCUAGCGGCGCCGACUCGUCGCCGACCCCCUUCCCUCAGGCUGACGCCCCGCAGUUCGCAAACAGACGAUCGAGUCAGGAGAGCGAGGACGCGCUUCAGAGACUGGCAGGGCGAACAGCUGCGGAAGCGGGUCUUCCGCAAUCCGCCUCGCAAAAGACUCCGGUCGUUGGAGCGGUGGAUCAAAGUGGGCACGUGACCCUAGCAGGGGGUCUCCGGGCCUCGCCCGUGUCUCCCGGAGUGUCCCCGGGCCUUGAGCAUCCGUGUGGGGUAUCUUCGACGCUUCCCGCAGAUGCGGCGCCGGCCGGGAGCUUCGCCAGGGAUAUUCAGCGGCGUGCCAGUCUUGAAGGGGCUCCUGGCUUGAAGCGAAGGCGCACGGAGGAAGAGCAGGUCUCGCACGCGCAGCCCGGAGCACAGCAGGGGCCGGUAGGCCGGCCUGCGGGCCCUCAGGCUGCCCCGGCCGCCCCAGUCCUUCCGCGAGCCACGCUCGCGCCAGGGCAGUAUCUGCCUCAAACUCGUCUUGACCCCCAGGCGCCGCGUCGUCGCUUGUCGGUGUCUGCGGCCUCCGUGCCUUCCUCGGCUUUCGGGGUCCGACCGGGGACGGGCGGGAGCGAGCCGGGGGCAGGAGUCCCUCAGCAAGCGCCGGCCUCGCAAUCUCUUCGGCGCGCCUCCCGGGGGGAUGCAAGCGGCGGGCAAGAGCUCGCCGCUCCCCGCGGGCCUGCGAGGGCCCCUGUGGGCGCGCCCGACGCCGCCGCUGUGGGAGCCGCAGAGCGGGAAACCGUGUGCAGCCCCCUGGCGUUGAUUUUGAGCCAGGAAGCCGCUGUUGAAGAGGCGCCCGCUGCGCUCGUCGACGAAGUCAUGCGGGUGCCAGCUAUGCUGAGAAACAUCUUGACGGCUCAGGCCUCACAAAUGCUGCAGUGGAACGAAGCCCAGCGACGGCAGGUUUUGUCGAUUCGGAAGGCGCUGAGGCAGAGGGGGUGUGUCGUUUUGGAUCAGUGA